AUUUGAGCAGAGCCUGAGAGGAAGAAUAAGUAAAGUAGCCGGAGUUGUUCCUUCUUCUCUGCGGUAGACAAAAACAGGAACCAUGGAACCUGCACUGGCUGUUAAAACUGUGAUGAUAGUUGUGAUUGUUGCACUCUGUGGAGCUGUGCCCACCACUUCACCCAGCCACGAAGAGCUUGCUAAAGCCCAGGACUAUCUGUCUGAGUUUUUCUCUGAUGUGGGUGUCAGUGCCCCCAGCAGUGUUCGCCGCAGCUCUCUGGAUUCCUUUGAAGACACUCUCAAAAAAAUGCAGGAGUAUUUUGGCCUCGAGGUUUCUGGGCAGUUGGACUCCAACACCCUGGAGGUGAUGGCUCGCCCCCGCUGUGGUUACACGGACGUGACCAGAUAUGGCCACUUUGAAGGUCGACCGAGGUGGGACAAGACUGUGGUCACAUACAGGAUAACGGACUACACACCAGACUUGAGUCAAAGUGAUGUGGAUGUCACCAUAGCCAAGGUUCUGAAACUCUACAGUGACAUCAUUCCUCUGGAUUUCCAGCACAUCCACAGCGGCACCGCUGACAUUAUGAUCAUGUUCAAGGCUCGAGACCAUGGAGAUUUUGCUCCAUUCGACGGGGAGGGUGGGGUCUUGGCCCACGCGUUCUCCCCUGGACAGGGCAAUGGAGGGGACACCCAUUUUGAUGAAGAUGAGAGCUGGACUCUUACCUCAGCAGGAUCCAACCUGUUCUUGGUGGCAGCCCAUGAGUUCGGCCAUGCACUGGGAUUAACCCACUCUCAGGUCAAGACGGCCUUGAUGUAUCCAACCUACCAGUAUGUGAACACAGAGGGCUACAUGCUACCAGAUGACGACAGACAGGGAGUACAAGCUAUCUACGGAGUCAGAACAACAUCAUCUCAACCGACAACGACAAAUCCGCAGCCCACCAACAAACCUGUGCCAACACCACAACCUAGACCUGAACCAGAUCCUGAAACCACAUCAGAACCUCCUCCAGACAGAUGCAACAGGAACCUGAUCUUUGAUGCUGCAACCUCCAUUCAGCGAAGUCUUUACUUCUUCAAAGACGGACAUUUCUGGAAGAGGAGCAGCUCCUGGGACGGCAUCAGUAUGCACAAGAUACAGUCUGUCUGGCCUGGAAUCAGCAGAGUUGAUGCUGCUUAUGAGUAUAAGAAACGCAAUACUGUCAUUUUCUUUGAAGGGGAUCAUUACUGGAGGAUCAGAGGAAACGCUGUCCUCCCUGGUUAUCCCAAACCUCUCAGCGACUUUGGCCUCCCUCCAUCUGUCACCAAGGUAGAUGCUGCUGUCUAUGUGUCAGUCACAGGCAGAACCCUGCUCUUUGUGCAAAACAGAUACUGGAGCUACAAUGAAAGGAGGGGCAGAAUGGAUGGUGGGUACCCGAAAUCCAUUCGCAGAGAGCUCCCUGGGAUCGGCUCCAGAGUGGAUGCCGCUUUUGAGAACAGAGGUUACCUGUACUUUUCAUAUGGAUCAAGUCAGACAGAGUACCACUACCAACGAAGAAGAGCGAUUCGCACUCUGUUAAACUACGGGUGGAUGGAUUGCAACUAAAGAAACAAAGAUCCAAACACACACACUCACACACCUGUGAGCACACAAUAAUAGCUAGCUCUACUCCACUAACUAAUCCUGAGUAGUUUCAGGGGGCUUUUCUGUAGAACUAUGCAUGGGAAUACAUCAUUAGAAUAAUCAAAUACAAUAUGAAAUAGUAUAAUAAUCCUGUGGGCAAUAACUUGCUAUGUAGUCAAUGUGUUUUCUUGGACAUACAUCAAUUAAAUAUGAUUCAAUCAAUCUUUAAAAGUGGAAAACAUCAAGGACUUUAAAUGCAUUAGGAAUUAGGAUAAAUUAGAAUAAAGGUUUGCUUUGAACCCAGGUGAGGAGGAAACCAUUUCUCUUUCAGCAACACCUCAAAAGAGUUGUUGCAAGAGGAAAACCCAUGCACAUAGUCAUGAAAGGGUAACUUCUGUACCCUGAGCCCUAUUUCCCCAUGUGUUUGAGUCUAAGUGACUAAUGGGGACAACAUUUAGUGUAAACCGAUCCAGUAUUGAGGUAGAACUGUGUAACGACCUGCAAGGGCAAGUGAGCAUCAUCAAUGUAAGAUUACGUCUACUAAAAGGGCUUGUUGUCGCCACUACAGGCUCAGAUUGUUGUUACAAGUUUAUAAGUUUAUAAGUUUGGCAACAUUAUGGAAGGAACCCUGCAGAGAAAUACACUGUUCUUUCUUUUUAUCUGCAAAUUACAAAUUUUAAUUUUUCUGUUUUGAAGAGAAGAAUGAAGAAAGGCAGAAAUGUGACCCAGAAGUAAAGUAUCAAAAUAAAUGCCAAGAGGAUA